AUGGUAACAACACCUGAUACAGCCAGCCAGUCCGUGGGUCGACCAUGUGGACUAGGCCUAGAGAUUCCUGGACUUAAACUUCCUGAAGAUUUCGACCUACUCACAGCCGUUCUCAAACGACCCGGCAGUAACACGGAGGAACCCCUGAAACUCAUCUUGAAUUCAGAUAACACUCUAAGUGUGUCGUUCAUUCCUAAAGAAACUGGUGAACAUCUUAUCAGCGUGUUUAAGAACAAACGUCACGUGACAGGGAGCCCGUUCUCCGUUAUGGUUAGCGGACCGGGACCUGCCGAUGCAUCCAAGGUGAAGGCAUAUGGACCAGGUUUGGAAUCUGGUGUUGUUGAUGAAAAGUCUGAAUUCACCGUUAACACUCGUGAAGCAGGCUAUGGAGGUUUGGGUCUAUCAAUUGAAGGACCAUCUAAAGCUGAAAUCAACUGUGUUGACAACGAAGACGGCACGUGUACGGUAGACUAUGUCCCUACAGAACCUGGCGACUACACAAUCCAUGUGCGCUUUGCUGAUGAGGAAAUACCUGGUAGUCCAUUCACGUGUAAUGUUGCUCCUAAAGGUGGGAAAAGACGUCCUGUCGUUGAGGAGGGAAUCUCCAGGGAAGCUGUAAGUGAUGUCGAAGCUGGUGCCCCUGCACAAAGGACCUCUCAAUUGUUGGACGAUCUUAUCUCAUUCAGUCCUCAACAACCUCACGACUUUGCAUUGGAUCUGAAAGGAUAUGAUGUAAAGAAUUUGAAAGCUAGCGUUGAGACGCCUAGCGGAAAGAAUGAGCCCGCAGAGAUUGUGGAAAGCUCGAAGGAUACGUACACCAUCAGAUUUGUGACGAAAGAAGGAGGAAUAUAUAAGGUAUUUGUGAAGAACCGAGGCCGAGAUAUUUCUGGAAGUCCAUUCCUCGUCAAAGUGGAUGCACCAAAAUGGGGCGGCGCAGGCAAAUGUUCCGCUGCGGGACCUGGGUUAGAACGAGGCGUCGUAAAUCAACCGGCAAACUUCACUGUAUGGACACGUGAUGCUGGCCCAGGAGGCUUAGCGGUCGCGAUUGAAGGACCAGCGAAAACGGAAAUCGACUGCAAAGAUAACGGUGAUGGAUCAUGUAGUAUCACGUAUGUGCCCACAGAACCCGGUGAGUACACAGUGCAUGUCCGAUUCGCUGACGAAGAUAUACCAGGUGCUCCAUUCACGGUGUUUGUAACAGCCGAAGAAGAUGAACGAUUCCGAGAUCUGAGUGUGUCGGACAUCGUCGAAGGCGGAAUCGCUGUCGGUCAACCAGCAUCAUUUUCGGUCCAAACUAACGGGCCUGUCGGUGAAGUAACUGCGUCCGUUCUGUCGCCAUCCGGUUCCGAGAGCCCCGCGACAGUUUCUGAUCGUGGUAACGGCAGCUACGCGAUAAGAUUUGUGCCAAAAGAAGUCGGUGACCAUCUUAUCAGUGUUCGAUUCGAUGGUAUCCAUAUCCCUGGCUCUCCAUUCAAGGUCAAAGUCGGAGGCGGCGAAAGUUAUCCUGGGAAGGUAAAGGCAUACGGUCCCGGAUUAGAAGGUGGCGUAGCAGGUCAGGAAACGUACUUCACAGUCGAUGCCUUAAGAGCUGGCACUGGAGCGUUGUCAUUGUCGGUUGACGGUCCAGCCAAGGUACGAAUGAACUGUACAGAAAAUCCCGACGGUACCUACAAAGUUACUUACCAUCCUCUAAUCGCUGGCGACUAUAAAAUUACCAUCAAAUUCGCAGACCAAAACAUUCCGAAGAGUCCGUUCAAUGUGACGAUCACGGGAGACGGUGCCUCGGGCUUUGCCGAAAAAUGCAAGCCUGUUGGAUCUGGGUUACAUCGAGCUGUGAUCGGUGAGCCGAAUGCCUUCACUGUAAAUUGCAGCGAUGCUGGUAGAGGUUCGUUGAUGGUUGGCGUCGAAGGUCCAGCAAUUCCAGCGAAAGAAAUCAAAAUUAAGCACACUGGAGGAAAAGUUUACGCGGUCAACUACACGCUCGAAGAACCCGGGGAAUAUGUGCUGAAAGUGUUGUGGGGGGAGAAACACAUUCCUGGUUCUCCGUUCCAUGUAACUGUAUAA